AUGAAUAAUGAAGAAGUUAAAUACGAUAAUAACUUCAUAAAUAAUUCAUCGUCGUCAUCAUUUCGUGUCCCGAAAUGCACACGAUGUCGUAAUCAUGGUGUAAUAUCAUCACUAAAGGGGCAUAAGAAACAUUGUCGUUGGAAAAACUGUCAUUGUGCUGCAUGCCUACUCGUUGUUGAACGUCAGCGUGUUAUGGCAGCACAGGUUGCUUUACGCAGGCAACAAACAUCUCAAGCUUCAGAGAACUCAGUCUACUCAGAAAAUAUGGUCCAUCACAACCAACGAAAAUACAUGAUGAGAAAUAUGUGUGAAAGCCAUCAGGUGAAUCACAUAUGCAAAUCACCGUUACUAAAUUAUCACAACGAAAAUAACACUUCAUCGACGUUGAUUAACUAUAAUUCUAAUAGAGAAGGAGUUAUGGCAACUUCGUCUAUGAAUGGCACAUUUGAAGACUACAAACACUUAGAGGAAUUUACACCUACCGAUUGUGAUGUAAAUAAUCAUACGGAUACAUUUAAUAAGAUGAAUGAAGUUUCAAAGAUGGAAAACCUGACACAUCAGAGUGUAUUAUCAGAUAAUUUCAUUGGUGAAAUAAGCAGUUAUCGUUCAUAUUUAAUGAAUACUGACGUUCUUCGAAAUGAGUGUAGCACAGUGAAUUCAAAUGUUGCUUAUUAUCAGAAUAAAAUAAUCUACGAACAUUUGUUAAAUGGGAUUAAAAAGUCAACUAUUGAAAAUGAACAGAAAAAUUAUAUCACCAGUGGUUUAAUAGAAUCUAAGCAAAUGAAACAAGUGAAGACUCUUCAGCUGCAAUUCUAUGAUUUAGUGAGUUUUUAUAAUCAACUUCAGAAUAAUGUGACAAUUAACAAGGAAAAAGAUUUGGUUCUCAAUACAAACUGUUCGUUCAAUCAAGUUAAACCGGAAAUGCAGGAAGCAGACAGUUGUCAGCAUGAGUCGCAUCAAUUAUCAACGAUAGUCAUGCCAGGUGCUAGAAAUGCAUCUUGUGGUACCACUGCUGGAACUAAUACUGCAUAUAAUAAACGAUGCCCAACAACAACAACAACAAUGACUUCAAGUUUUACUUUACCAGAAUGUCAAGAAGGUGAAAUAUACUCAACAAGUGAAUCAUGUACAUCUCUUCCUAUUUGUUAUGUAACAGGAGAUAUGAUAAAUUAUCAGUCGGAUUGUAUUUCUGCAAGACAUCCGCCAACACAAAUGUUCUACCCAAUAAAGUUCUCUGUUUCUAGUAUACUAAACAGUGAUGUUUAA